UUUAUUUUUCUUCAAUCCAAUCAAUCAUUUAUGAAGUCAACAAUCCUCUGCGCGACAGUAUUGCGAAGCUACCCCCAACUCGAAGCCAACCUUUUUGAAGUUUCGUUUGGUCCGGGCCUGGCAACUCCACACACCCAAUGCCAUCGCCGGUCAUUUAAGGCUUACCCAUGAUGCUGUGCUCACUUUCCGGUGAAGCUCCCGAAGAGCCCGUCGUCUCGAAGCUGUCAGGCGCUGUCUUUGAGAAACGCCUGAUCGAGAGGUACGUAGAGGAACAUGGGAAGGACCCGGUGAGCGGCCAAGACCUCACACUAGACGAUCUUAUUCCUAUCAAAUCUGCUCGAAUCGUCCGACCCCGACCUCCCACUCUCACGUCCAUACCUGCCCUCCUGUCGACCUUCCAGAACGAGUGGGAUGCGCUCGCGCUAGAGACCUACAACCUGAGGGAGCAGCUGACGCGAACGCGCGAGGAGCUUGCGACCUCUCUUUAUCAGCACGACGCUGCCGUCCGGGUCAUCGCGAGGCUGACAAAGGAGCGGGACGAAGCUCGGGAUGCAUUGUCAAAGGUGACAAUAUCGGGAGGUGGCGGAGCCAACGGGGAUGCCAUGGCCAUCGAUGCCGAAGCCCUACCCGAGGAGUUAGCUACUAAGGUGGAUGAGACACAAGCAAAACUGUCUACGAGCCGGAAAAAGCGGCCGAUUCCCGAAGGAUGGGCAACUGGGGAGGACAUCGCCUCAUUCACCAUCGACACCACGAACCCUCUGCCCGUUCCUCUGGCCACGACGGUUAGUAUCGAAGGCGGUUAUGCGGCAAUUGGCGGGCUGCAGGGCCAUGUUGUCAUCUACUCGAUCGAAUCGGACAACGUAGAGCGUUCGCUGCAAGUCGACGAGCCUGUGACCGACUCGAUAUGGGACGGUUCGAAGGUCAUCCUCUCAACCUCAAAGGGCUCGGUGAAGGUCUUCGAAAAUGGCACCGAAGUCGCAUCCUUCUCCGAGCAUGCUGGACCGGCUACCGGUUUGUCGAUCCACCCAAGCAAGGAAAUCCUAGCGUCUAUCGGCUCGGACAAGAGCUUUGUUUUCUACGACCUGACCAAGCUGCAGCGCGUCACGCGCGUAUACACCAAUUCCGCUUUAACGGCCUGUGCAUUCCACCCGGAUGGCCAUCUCUUUGCUGCUGGCACGAACUCGGGCGAGAUCAAGCUUUUCAUGACAAAGACCGGAGAGGAAGCUGCUUCGUUCCCCCUGGGGGCUCCGGUACAAGCCGUUGUCUUCUCCGAGAAUGGAUUCUGGUUUGCCGCCACUGCAAAGGGGCAGACUACGGUGACUGUAUUCGACCUGCGCAAGGAGGGUGAAGCUGCACAGGCUAAGGUGCUGGAUAUCGGCAGCACGGUUCAGAGUCUAGCAUGGGACUACUCGCAGCAGUUCCUGGCGACCGGCGGGCCAACUGGGGUGACAGUGCAGCAGUAUAACAAGAGCUCGAAGUCGUGGUCCGAGCCACUGCGAGUAGCAGCCAGCGCUGUGGACGUGAAAUGGGCCUUGAAUGCGAAUAGGCUUAUAACGGUGAACGGGGAUGGCGUGGUUAGUAUUCUGGCUACUAAGGAGGAGUCGUGAUGUGCGUGGAAUCCUGGCGUUCGUGGGACCGUACCCGGUCGAUACGGACAGGGAACAGGAGUGGGACUCGAUCGGGUGCUUCGACGAUGAAGAUUCAUUAUUUGGCCGAGAGAGCCACGAGGGCUACCGGGAUUCUGAGAUUUGCCGACGGAUACUAAAAAGCAGUGAGGGGUGGAUGGCAACUGAUAAUAAUAACAUAUCCGUAUGAACUUCAUGACCUGCUCCCUCCGUCCGAAGUACCGUGGAGGAGAACAACUCAUGUCUAGAUAGGGACCUCUAGGAGGUGGUGAGAGAAGGAUUACUCGUUUAAUACUACGCGCAGUGCAUAUCGCGGGUAACAGUAACAGCAACGAGCAGCACUUGGGAUAGAAUUCGGGGUUCCGGUAUUCAGGUGUAGGCCGAUUACUUCCAAGUGGCAAUAUAGUGG